AUGUGGCCGGAGGUCCGGCUGGCGGGGUCGGAGCGGCGGCGGGAGCUGGUGCUGCGGGGCCGGGAGCUGGAGGAGCGGGUGGGGGCGGGCGGCCUGGACCCGGGGCUGUGGCGGCUGCCGCUGCUGCAGCACCUGGAGCUGGGGGCCGGCCUGCGCCAGCUGCCGCCCGAGGUGGGGGGCCUGGCCCAGCUCCGGAGCCUGGUGCUCCGCUCCAACCGCCUGCAGGCCCUGCCCCCCCAGCUGGGCCUCCUGCGGGCCCUCCACAGCCUGGACCUGUCCGGGAACUGCCUGCAGGCCCUGCCGGCCGAGCUGGGCCUCCUGGAGCGGCUCAGCAGCCUCAACCUCAGCGCCAACCGCCUCACCCGGCUCCCCCCCGGCCUGGGCCGCUGCCUCCGCCUCGCCUCCCUCAACCUCUCCGGGAACCAGCUGCAGGCCCUGCCCGCCGACCUCUUCCAGCCCGGCCUCGCCCUCCUCAGCUCCAUCGCCGCCUCCAACAACCUCAUCCAGGAGCUGCCGCCCGAGGUCCGUCUCCUCCCGGCCCUCAGGACUCUGGAUCUAUCCAACAAUAAGCUCUCGGAGAUUCCUUAUGAGCUUGCUGACUGUCCCAAGCUGAAAGAAAUAAACUUCAAAGGAAAUAGCUUAAACGAUAAACGACUAGAAAAAAUGGUGAAUGGAUGUCAGACCAAAUCCAUCUUGGACUAUCUGAAGUCGGGAGGCCGUGGCAAGGGGAAAGGGAAAACGGACAGUGCGGAGAAAACUGAGAACAGGGAGAAAGCAAGGAAGAAAAAGAAGGCUCUGAAGAAAGAUGAUGAUGAAGAAUCAGACGGGAUGGAGGAGUUGAACAAAUUAGUGGUGCGAGUGCUACAUGUUUCUGAAAGCCCUUCCUCUGUACUCGUGAAAGUCACUCCCAAUAUCAAGGAUGUGAGGCCUUAUAUUGUGUGUUGCAUUGUGGAAGGAAUGAACCUGAGAUCAGGAAAUGCAUUGAAACGAUUCCUCGUAGCUCAGACCAAGUUGCAUGAUGAUGACUGUCAGAAGAGAACAUUAGCAACUAUUGCAACACACGAUUUAUAUUCGGUGAAGGGACCUUUGCUGUAUGACGCCAGACCCUCCCAUUCGUUGAAGAUUACGCCACUAGGAAGGAAAGAGAUAAAGGCGGCUGACCUGGUACGACAGUUACAAGUGGAAGCUGAUGAGCAACGAAAACAGAAGAAACGCCAAAAUAUUUCCGGACUUCACAAAUAUCUCCAAUUGCUUAAUGGAAAAGAAAAUUUUCCUUGUUUGGUGGAUGCUGAAGAUCAUGUAAUUUCAUUCCCACCAAUCACAAACAGUGAUAAAACAAAGAUUAGAAAAACCACCAGUCAGCUGUUCUUGGAAGUAACAAGCUCCUCAACCCUGCAGGCCUGCAAAAAUGUGAUGGACUGUCUGAUUGUGCGAAUGGCAGAACUGAACAAAUUCACCUUUGAAAACCAAGAGCAGGAAUCUGUAUCUGAUGACGAGACUGAAGUGAGCAAUGAGAAAAUGGAAGAACCAGGAUCUGUCAAUUUGGCUUCGAUUAAAAUGGCCAGUCCUGAACUGAUUGUGAAACAAGUACGCGUUGUAGAUGUGGAGGGGAACCUGAAGGUUGUUUACCCAGCCAAAACUGACUUAAAUGUGGAUGUCCACAAUGUAACUGUAAUCCGAUAGCCACACACACACAACCUUUUCCCACAAUUUUGCACUAUUUAUUUUUGGGUUUUUCUUUCCAUUUUUUUUUUAACCAUUAACUCACUCUCUCCUGAAGCUGCUGAUUUUGGCUUGAGUACAAUUUGAUGGACCCUCUGGUACCUUAUCUAAGUGACCACUAUUCACCCAGUGGCAUCUGUACAACCAGAAAGAGUGCCACAGCAAGUUAUUCAAUCAUUUCUCAGCAUUCUUUUCACCCAUCUUCUAAUGCAUUGAUCUCUUCUGGAUUGUCCAUGUGAAUUGACUGGCUGGUCUCACAAAUGAAGUCUGUCCAUUUACAUGAGACAGAAGAGGGUGGAGGAGACUACCCCUACUGUAAACCCCUCCACGAAUCAACACCUUUUUGAGAGGGGGGAUGGAGGGAGCAAACAAAACUGGGCCGUGAUACAAUGUAAUAAAACGCAGUGACAUAAAUCAAGAAAGCUUAAGUGAAUGGUGAAGUCUUAAUUAUCAGAGGAGUAAGCAAAGUAUUCCAAAUGAAAAAUUUCUGUUUGUGAAACAAGUGCAUUUAGCAAUAUUUUGCCAGCCUUGUCCAAAAUGGCCAAUAAAGGUCACUGCCGCAAUAGUUUUCAAAUAAAAUCUGACACAGCUAGUAAUUUAUUUGUAUAUUUUGUUUAAGUUUUAUCAUUUUAAAACUCCAUCCUUUCAGUCUGUGACAGAAACUUGCUUUGGAAAUUGGUAGUGUUAAGUUCUGCCGUGAUUUGUUCCUACACUGACUGAGGGUAUUUCUGCUCGGAGAGGCUGGUAUGGAAGUGGUGCCAUGGACUGAAAAGCAAAGUGGUGGGGGAAACAAAAUAAAUCCAUUCUGGUCUUGCUGUGCAUUAUAAAACUGCAUUACAUUAAUCAUUCAACAUUAGAAAUAAAAAGAGCAUCAUUGUUAAA